AUGGCCGAUUCACCAUCGCCACCACCACCGCCACCUAAAACCUCCUUGCCAGUACUAUAUUACGGUGUCAUAGUGGUCGGGAUCGUGGCUGUUGUCCUGGCAAUAUACAACCUCAUCAUCAUAAGAUGGUGUGCUAAUCAUCGACGACGUUUACAAGAUCUUAAUCAACAUCUGGACUCCAGAAGAAGAAUGUCAUCAUCAUCUAGUAUGAGGGGCUUGAACAGCUUCAAUUUGGGAGAGAGCUUCAAGUACAAGAAAGGAGAUGAUGAUUCGAUACAAUUAGGGUAUGGUAAUAAUGAGUGUCCGGUUUGUUUAUGUGUUUUCGAAGAAGAUGAAGAAGUUAGAGAGUUGCCGAGAUGUAAGCAUUCUUUUCAUGCACCAUGCAUAGAGAUGUGGUUGUAUUCUCACUUGGAUUGUCCUCUUUGUCGUGCUCCUGUGGAAUUUCCGGUGUCCCCUGUGGAAUUUCAGGUGUCUCCUCUCAACUCAGCUUCAACUCCGACGCUGGAGCAUUCCAUGGAAGUGCUGAUAGAUCCGAGGCUACUUAUAUGA